AUGGAAAAAGACAUGCAUUAUUAUCAAUCAUGUCUUGAGGCUAUAUUGCAGAAUUCUCCAGAAGCCAGAAUAUUCUGCCUCGUACAUAAAAUGGAUUUAGUGGCUGAGGAGAGACGAGAGGAAAUAUUUAAGGAGCGAGAAGAAGAUUUAAAGGGACUUUCCAAACCUCUAGAGUGCACAUGCUUUAGAACUAGCAUAUGGGAUGAGACUUUGUAUAAGGCAUGGUCAAGCAUAGUUUACAAAUUGAUUCCAAAUGUUAAAGCUUUGGAGUCAUCAUUGAAACAAUUUGCUGCUAUUGUGGAUGCUGAUGAAGUUCUCUUAUUUGAACGAGCUACCUUCUUGGUAGUUUCGCAUUGCCAGCGAAGACAGCAUCGGGACGCGCACCGUUUUGAAAAAGUGUCCAAUAUAGUGAAGCAGUUUAAGCUCUCUUGCUCAAAACUUGCCGCCCAGUUCCAGAGUAUGGAGGUAAGGAACAGCGUGUUCGCGGCCUUCAUCGACGGCUUCACCAGCAACACCUACGUCAUGGUGGAGAUGUCCGACCCGAAAAUCCCGUCAGAGGCGACCCUAAUAAAUAUACGCAACGCGAGGAAACACUUCGAGAAGCUGGAGAAAGUGUCCUCAAGCGCGCCCAGCCAGUACCAG